UUUUUUAUUAAUUUUAUUGCGUCCUCUCACAAUAAGCUAUCACCACGUUCUACGCAUUGUGUCUUUCUUGGUUAUGCUCCGGGUUAUAAAGGGCAUCGUUGCUAUCUCCUUCCACAGGCCGGGUUUAUGUCAGUCGGGAUGAGUUUUUUCAUGAAAAUAAUUUUCCAUAUAAUUCUUUAAUAAACACAUCUUCUUCCCUGACAUCAACCGUGCCUUCCUCCUGACUUUCCUCCUCUGUCUCUGAUGGUUUUCGUCCCCCAUCCAACCCACAAAGUCUUUUAACUCCACAAAUUACCUCCUCAAUCACCAACCGCACCCCAAACCAGUCCUCUCCCUCGGCCUGCACUACCCCGCACCACUCCUCUACGUGCGGCACACCUACGGCCCACUUUCCCAGGAAUCCCAGCAGCCUACUACCCUCUUCUCCCAGUAGUUAGGCCACACCCAUAAUCAACCAGUUACUUCCAGCUCACUCAAACAGCUCCAUCACAUCACCCAUAGGAUCUCCCAUCAUCUCCCCGUCCAGUCCCAGUAACCAUAUCCCUUCCCAGUCCUCGGCCUCAGCGCACUCGACCCCACCUGCCCCAAUGAAUGUUCAUCUGAUGCAUACACGCGCAAAGGAUGACAUUUUCAAACCCAAAAAUAUUUUUACCUUAAGUGUCUUAUCUCCCCGGAUGUUCCUACUUGUUUUACGCAGGCAAAGUUUUAUUAUUAAUGCUUUGAUUAAUAAUAAGACUUGGGAUUUGGUACCUUGGGACCCUACUAAAAAUGUGGUUGGUUGUAAGUGGAUUUAUAAGACAAAAUAUUGUCCUGAUGGAUCUGUUGAGCGGCAUAAAGCUCGUUUAGUUGCUCAAGGCUUUAAACAACAGGCUGGUGUUGUCUUUACUGAAACUUUUAGUCCUGUUGUUAAGCCUACCACUGUUCAUCUUGUUUUAUCUGUUGCCAUUUCUUUGGGCUGAUCUGUUCGUCAGUUAGAUGUGAAAAAUGCUUUUUUGCACGGUGUUUUGACUGAGGAGGUUUACAUGCGCCAACCUCAAGGCUUUGUUCAUCCUUCCUAUCCUAAUCAUGGGCGUCGCCUUCGUAAGACUCUUUAUGGUUUGAAACAAGCCCCUCGAGCUUGGUUUCAUUGGUUCAGUGGUUUUUUGUUGAGUCGUGGUUUUACACAGAGCAGGUCUGAUUCAUCCAUGUUCAUUUAUCGUACUAAUUCUCAGGUGGUCUAUAUUCUUUUAUAUGUGGAUGAUAUUCUUAUUACCGGUUCUUCUACUUCAUUUGUUUCCUCUGUCGUAAAUACUCUAGCUCAUCAGUUUGCAAUGAAGGAUUUAGGGGAUGUCCAUUAUUUUUUGGGUAUUCAGGCUAAGCGUACACCUACAGGUUUAUUCUUAUCUCAGGCAAAAUAAAUAUCUGAUCUAUUGCGCAAUUUUCAUCUUCAUACUGUAAAACCUGUUCGUACUCCCCUACCUUCACGCACUACACUUUAUCUCACAAAUGGGGAACUAUUAUCUGAUGUUGCUGAGUAUCACAGUAUGGUAGGUGUUCUUCAGUAUCUAACCAUUACUAGACCUGAUAUUACUUAUAUAUGUUGUACACCUUGUGUCUCAGUUUAUGCAUGCUCCACGUACUACUCACCUUUUUGUCAUUAAGAGAAUUUAAAGGUAAUAGCAGGGCACUAACACUCAUGGUUUAUGGCUAUGAGCAGAUAAAAAUAUUUCAGUUGUUACGGCUUACUCUGACGCAUAUUGGGCAGGCUGUCCUGAUAGCUUGCGGUCCACUGAUGGAUAUGCGGUUUUCUGGGAUCCAAUUUAAUCUUGUGGCGAUCCAAGAAACAACCAACAGUAUCCAAGUCUUCUAUAAAGGCCAAAUACAGGGCCAUUGCAUACACUGUCCAGGACACACUUUUUAUCUGCUCACUUCUGGCCGAUAUGGGUAUUUUUAUUUCUGCUCCGGUGCAGCUUCUUUGUGAUAAUUAAUGUCUCAGCUUCUUACGUGGCAGUUAAUCCUAUUCAGCAUGAUCGGAGUAAGCACAUUAUAAUUGAUGAUUAUCAUUUUGUUCGAGAGUGAGUAGCACAUGGAGAUCUUGUGGUGAAGCACAUUCCUACACUGUUGCAAUUAGCUGAUAUCUUCACCAAGAAUUUAUCUAGUCAGCGUUUUGAAUUAUUACGUUCAAAUUUGCAUGUAAUUCCCCUGCAUAAAUUGAGGGGGUGUAAUAAUGUAAAAUUUAGAUUACUUUGUAAUUCUUCAUAACUCUGCUUUAUUAUAAAUAUAAGGUAAGACACCCAAUAGGGUAAGCCAUUAUUCCCCAAAUUAUAUUUUCGUAUAAUUUUGGCAAAGCUGCCGCCACCAUUGGGCACCAGUGUCGUGUCCUCCGAUCCGGUGAGUGCUCAUUUGGUGCCACUGCGUCGUCCGAUCCUCUAGUUAGAGGCAC